AUGAAUGUUACAGGAAAAAAUGGAUUUGUCCUCCUGGGUUUAGCCAAUCACCCUGAACUGCAACUGCCACUGUUCUUUGUUUUUCUCAUUAUUUACAUGGUGAUUAUGACAGGGAAUGUGCUCAUUUUCAUGCUCAUCAUGGCAGACCCAUCACUUCAGGCACCAAUGUAUUUCUUUCUGCAAGUUUUGUCUUUUAUGGAUAUCUGCUACUCUUCAGUUACUCUUCCCAGAAUGCUGGUAGAUUUUCUUUCAAAGGACAAGAGAAUUACCUAUGUUGGUUGUGCCACACAAUUGUUCUUUCUACUCUUUGGGGGAGCUUCAGAAUGCUUCCUGCUAGCAGUUAUGGCCUAUGACCGCUAUGUGGCCAUAUGCAAACCACUGAGAUACGUGACCAUCAUGAAUAAGACAGUUUGCCUUUCGUUGACGGUUUUGUCAUGCUUUGCUGGCAGUGUGGAUUCUCUCCUCCAAACAGUUUGGAUCUUCACUUUGCCAUUCUGUGGAACUCAUCACAUUAAUUAUUUUUUCUGUGAUAUUCCACCCCUGAUUCGACUGUCAUGCGGUGACAUCUCUAUCUAUCAAAUCCAGCUCUUUACUUUCACCAUUUUGGUGGUUGUCACCCCAUUGAUCUUCAUUCUUGUCCCAUUGAUCUUCAUUCUUGUAUCAUAUUUUCUCAUUAUUUCCAGCAUUUUAAAGAUGACAUCAGCAGAAGGACGUCAAAAAGCCUUCUCUACCUGUUCCUCUCACCUCAUGGUUGUGGUUUUGUCUUAUGGAAGUAGUAGCUUAAAUUAUCUUCAGCCCAAAUCCAUUAAUGAAGAGGGUAGUAAGAAAGUGUUGGCUUUGAUGUAUACUACCAUCAUGCCCAUGCUGAAUCCCCUUAUCUACAGCUUAAGAAACAGGGAAAUCAGUGAAGCGAUUAAGAGGAUGAUGAAUAAGACAAUGAAUAGAAUAUUUUUCCACCGGAAAUAA